CUCUAGGGGUCCUGGUGUGCCCUGGGUUGAGAGCACUGCCCCAGGGGUACAGCCCUUCCUCUAACCUGAAAGUCCCCCCCAAACGGACACAAGGACAAGAGGCCGUCAGAGCCCUGGGACUUGGGAGCAUCCACUGCUCUGGGGCCGAGAGGCCACAGCUGGGACAGAGGGAAGUGAGGAGGCAGAAGUACACAGCGCAGCGAGGCGGUGGGUUUGCGUGUGACACCAGACAGCGGCCAGGCCUUCCGUGCCUUCAGUCUUGAGCUAAAAUUCAUAAGAGCACACUGAUCUUUCCUGUUAAGUGAACAGCUUACUGAGACAGAGAUACUGAAGGAGCUAGACCAACACCGCGGGCUGAAGUCCGCAGAAGGUGGCAGUGAGGGACAGAGUCCCGAGGUGACUGGGACUGCCUUUCUCCUUAAUAUCGUGACUUUAUGGACAGGAAUUAUGACAUGAUCGGGAAAGUACAGAGGAGCAGAAGGGGAAGACUCAGUGUCGAAGCCCACUGCUGUUCAGGAUCCUCACUCCUGUCACCUAGUAUUUUCCCUUCACUUUCAGCAGCUGCAUGCUGUGACACGUCUAGUUUAACCAGUCCCCCUAGUUUUUCAAUAUUAUAAAUAACACUGGAGGGAAGAUGCUGACUCGGAUUUUAGCAGAGACACACGCGGUGUAAACUUUACGUGGCGUCUGGAGGGGUGUCUGAUUCGAGGGUAGAAGUGUCCCCAGAAGUCCCUCUUACCCAGAAGCGACUUUCCACAUACUCUUCUAAUUUUGAGAUGCACUUCUAAUAACGGGUUUCUAGAUGUCAGAGCAGUACAGAAACUCCCAGCCCCUAGGGUGCUUUUUCCUAUACAGGGAAUGUCCUAACCAAUGGGCAGGGAGCGAAAGAGGCUCCUAAUUCAGGACAGGCCAGAGGAUAGUAAGCACUAAGCCAAAGAUAUUUACGAUGCGGUCUUUAAUCCUUGAGGAUUCUUGGAAAAUGGGAAACGUUCCAAAACACAGAAGAGAAAUGUUCAGGCCUUCAAAAGAAAAAGGCGAACCCCCAAAAUCACGAGGACUGAACUGGCCCCCAGACCUUUCCAGCUGUGCGGCAGCCUGAGAAGUGGAUGGCGUUUAAGCAUUUGGAUGGCAUUUAAGCAAGGACGUGUGGCUCUCUGGGGGCCCUAGGGGCAGAUGCCACCCCCACCCCCACCCCCCAGCCGCAGUGUUGCUGAGGCCCUGGUGUCGGCAGUGCGGAGGGCCUGCCCCAGAGGCCUUCAGGCAGUGGGUCCCUGAGCCUGCUGUGGGCAUAGAGCAGUUACCCCCCUACAAGCCGGAGGGACGGGAAGCUGGAGCAGAGUCUGACCCAAGUCCCUCUCUUUACUUGGAUUCCCACCCCCAACUCAUCCGGGACCUUUAAUUCCUUAACCAGAAGCAGGACAGCACAGGGGAGGAGACGGACCUUUGGAACACUCAUUAGCACACUCACACACACACGCACAUUCUCCGAGCCUCAGUGCCCCUCCUCUGGGGCUUACACGAGGGGCUGCACGACCGUGGUCAGCACAGGGCCUGGCACACAGGAGCCCUAGAGAAUUAGCAGCACGGUGGUUACUCUCUGGGGGCCUGGAGGUGCAGGACUUCUGCCUGGCUAACAGGCGACCUCCCGCGACUCGGCCGGGUGUGGACGGGGUCAGGCUGGGCUGUGGGCAGCUCAGCCUCCCCUGUUUAGUCGUGGCCCAGGGCCAAGUACGGCAGCUGGGCUGCAGCUCCUCCUCUCUUCCUGCUUUCUCCCUGUUCCUCCCCCUGCCUGGAGAGGUACGAAAAGCUGCUUGCAAGCAAAUUCUUGGCCUAGCCCGGGCAGAAAUGGCUGCAUGUGGCCGAGGGCUCUGCAGGGCCGUGGCUGCCUCUCCCCACCCCGCUUUAAGACGAGCUCACUCCGACGCCAGGGGACGUCUGAAGCCGGAGUACGAUGCAGUGGUAAUAGGAGCAGGACACAACGGGCUGGUGGCUGCGGCAUACCUGCAGAGACUGGGGGUGAACACGGCAGUCUUCGAGAGACGCCACGUGAUCGGGGGUGCAGCUGUCACAGAGGAAAUAAUCCCAGGGUUUAAGUUCUCCCGAGCAUCCUACCUCCUCAGCCUGCUCCGACCGCAGAUUUACACCGACCUGGAGCUGAAGAAACACGGGCUGAGGCUUCAUCUUCGAAACCCCCGCUCAUUCACACCUAUGCUGGAAGAGGGCACAGCCGGCAAGGUGCCCAGGUCCCUUCUGCUGGGCACAGACAUGGCAGAAAACCAGAAGCAGAUCGCCCAAUUCUCACGGAAGGAUGCCCAGGCCUUUCCCAAAUAUGAGGCCUUCAUGAAUCGCUUGGCGUUAGCCAUUGACCCUCUGCUGGAUGCAGCCCCGGUGGACAUGGAGGCCUUCCAGCGGGGCUCCCUGCUGCAGAGGCUCAAGUCGCUCUCCACCCUCAAGCCCCUGUUGCAGGCGGGUCGCAUCCUGGGAGCCCAGCUGCCCCAGUAUUACCAGGUCCUCACAGCUCCAGCUGUCAAGGUGCUGGAUCAGUGGUUUGAGUCUGAGCCUCUAAAAGCUACUCUAGCAACGGAUUCUGUGAUUGGAGCCAUGACAAGUCCCUACAUUCCGGGGAGUGGGUAUGUGUUACUCCAUCACAUGAUGGGGGGUCUGGAGGGGAUGCGGGGGGCCUGGGGCUACGUCCAGGGUGGCAUGGGUGCCCUCUCCGACGCCAUCGCGAGCUCAGCCACCGCACACGGAGCAAGUAUCUUCACUGAAAAGACAGUGGCUAAGGUGCAGGUGAGCAGUGGAGGGCGCGUUCAAGGAGUCGUGCUGCAAGACGGCUCGGAGGUAAGGAGCAAAGCGGUGCUGUCCAGCGCAUCACCGCAGAUCACCUUCCUGAAGCUGACGCCACAGGAGUGGCUUCCUGAGGAGUUCGUGGAGAGAAUCUCCCAGCUGGACACCCAGUCGCCUGUUACCAAGAUCAAUGUGGCUGUCGACAGGCUGCCUGACUUCCUGGCGGCCCCCAAUGCUCCCAGGGGCCAGCCGCUGCCCCAUCACCAAUGCUCAAUCCACCUGAACUGUGAGGACACCCUCCUUCUCCAUCAGGCUUUUGAAGACGCCAUGGAUGGCCUGCCUUCCCACAGACCUAUGAUUGAGCUCUGCAUCCCUUCCUCGCUGGACCCCACGCUGGCUCCCCCUGGCUGCCAUGUCAUCUCCCUCUUCACUCAGUACACGCCCUACACACUGGCUGCAGGCAAGGCCUGGGACGAGCAGGAGAGAAACGCUCACGCAGACAGAGUGUGUGAUUGCAUUGAGGCCUACGCCCCCGGCUUCAAGGGCUCCGUGGUGGGCAGAGACAUCCUCACACCCCCUGACUUGGAGAGAGUCUUUGGGCUUCCUGGGGGGAAUAUAUUCCACUGCGCCAUGGCCCUGGACCAGCUGUACUUUGCCCGCCCUGUGCCCCUGCACUCCAGCUACCGCUGCCCUCUCCGGGGCCUGUAUCUCUGCGGAAGUGGGGCCCAUCCUGGAGGAGGUGUCAUGGGAGCCGCUGGACGCAAUGCAGCUCACGUGGUCUUUAGGGACCUCAGGAGCAUGUGACCCCCAAACCAACUCUGACCCAGGAAGAUGAAUUCACCCUUGAGAUGUUAAGUCUCCAUUGGGUCAGCUUCCCAGGAUAUUGCUUGAGGCAGGCAAGUCCUCAAGGCUCAAGCCACUAUUCUAGAAAAAACAGUACAAGUUAACAUUGGGUCCCAGUUAACCUCGCAUCUAUGGCUUCUUGAAUGAACUGGUUUUGUUUUAUAUCGAUAGUUUGCAUCUUUCUGUGUAUUAGUACAAUAGGUAAUAUGUAAUAACCGGAUGGGGUAAACUUGUCUGGGGUACCCAGUAAUCUCACAGCAUCAGCUCCAAACAGUCCGUCUGAUCAACAAGCAUCCUCUCCACACUGUCGGGCGCCCUCUACCAGCUGAUUGAAGGACUGCCCUGGGGAGGCCCAGUCUACUGCUGUCACAUUUCCGGCAAACUGUAUAAGAAAGGACCCAAUUCCCCAGUGCCCCACAAAGUCACCCACAGGGGCCUUGGCCUGAGCAGUGCAUGGCCUCUCAGGCCGUCAAAGCUGCCAGAGUCAGACAAACAGCAGUCAGGGUGAGUGCAAGGGGGGUGUAGCUGAGGGCCGUCUGGGGACCCACAUUCCCAGUUCUGGAGAUUCAACCGCUUACUUCCCAUGAGCGAGCCAUACCCGUCACAUCACCAGAAUCUUUCCACAUAAACCUGUGUUGUUCUGAAGUGAGUUGGGUUGUCACUCUUGAUCAGAAAGUGUCACACAAAUGUCCCAUGGUAAUCCAGCUUCUUCCAUCCCAGCAGCCAAGGCCGUGGUCCCGAGCCCCCAUCAGCAGAGGAGGUGCAAUGUUCCCUGGGGCAUCACCUCCCUCCCUUUCCUGGGCAAAUUUAUAGAUUAACGAAUACCUGCCUUAUUACUUAACCUCGAUAAACCCAGAUCUGUCAUCUGUAAAGGAGUUGUUCUAAAGAUCAAAUAAGAUCAAAUAAGAUCAUGGUUUAGUCCACCGUCUGGCACAAGAUAAGCAUUUGGUGCACAGUGGUGGUCUUGCUGCUGGUAUUGGUGGUGGAGAUAUUAUUGUCACUUCUGGAUUCUGCAGAAAGCAGUCUUUUUGACAUCCUUUUUUUUAACCAGCCCACUAGAAGCAGUGUGACCAGGGCAGAGCAGAGCAAUCUUUGGGUCCACCAAGGUCUUCCCACGAUAAGGGCUGUCAAUCUUGUCCCCUACCUCUGCUUCACGCAACAUUGGUACAACUAAAUUUUUGAGCUUGUUGAAAAUUUGGUUUUGGUCUGGUUUCUAAGAUUUGCUUUUCUCAAAAGAUUUGCCAGGGCCCAAGAGGGGGAAAAUGUAAGGAAGAAAGA